AUGUCGACUAUAGUGUAUCAAGGCUUCUUCGAGCCUCAGCCCGCUGAGACCACAACUCUGAGGCUCAAGCUGGCCGCACCGAAACCUAUCGAUUUCGAAAAUAAUAGUGACAGAGAAAACCGAGUGACGGAAAAAUCGAAUUCGGGUGGUUGGAAUUUUCUUCAAUCUCUCUCGAAUUCUAGUGUAAACAAGUCAUUGGAUAGUGAAAGCUUCUAUCCAGCUCUCAGGCUUAGCCAAAAGAGCUUAGAAUUAUGUACCGAAAAUCUGGGAAGUGAGACGGGGAGUGAUGACGCGGGUGAUAUCGACAUUCUGUCGUUCAAUUCAACCGAGGCGAGGUGCGCGAAAUUAACGACAACGACGACGACAACGACAACGAGGAAAGUGCAAGGACACGUUAAGAGGAGUUUUCCGCCUCCGUUAACAACUAUAAGAGGCUCGAAUUCUAUUCAAGUGAGGCCUCAUCGAGAAGACGGGAGGCUAAUCAUUGAAGCAGUGGAGGCGCCGUGUAAUCGUACUUGUUUCGAAGCUGAACGAAGCAAUGGUAGGUUACAGCUCAAGUUUCUAAAGAAUUGCGAGUUCUUCUAUGACCAAAAAAUGAGCUCAGGCGAAGAGGAAUAUAACAACAUUGGUGAUGACACGAACGAUACAGAGAAUUUUCUCGAAGAUGAUGAAUUCGAGAAAAAUGAUGCGGACGACAUGGAUGAUGAAGUGAAAUUCGGUGGGUACGUGAAAAAGGACAUGGAUGGAAAUAGAAAAGAUGCGGAGGUUGAAAUGGGAAAAGAGAAAUAUCUGAGGCAUAAUAGAAGAUGCAACGAAAGUGGACAUGGAAAUAAUAAUAAAGGAUUGUGUUAUAGGGAGGCUUUCUGGGUGGCUACUUAA